AUGAAUUUCAUCACUUUGAGAUUUAAAGAUUAAAUUCUUGAAAAAUAAUAUUAGGAACUCAAAACAAAAUCUAUUAGAAAACCAAUAUACUUUGGAAUCUAUUCAUUUUGCUUUGCUCUAAACACAGUUAAAAUUUUGAGGGAUUUAAUCUAGCAUGAAGAGUGGCAACAACUUUAUAUAAAUUAUAUAUUUUUAGCAUUCAUGAUUCUGUCCAUAAUAUUGAUACUCUAAAAUCAGAAUUUCGUGAAACAGGCUCUAGUAAUAUCAAAUCUUUUGUCUGGACUACUUCAGCUGAAUUUUAAUGAAUAAUAGACGACAAAAUAAGAAUUUUAUUCUUUUGGAAGUAGUUUCGCAUAGUUACAAGCAGCCUCGUAUUUCGUUUCAGAUUUCUUAGAUGGAAUAAUACAAGUGGGCGGACAUUUGAUAAUGAAAAUCUUGAUUACAUCGUUAUAAACUAAUAAAAUUGAAGCUAUGUGCACGAGCUUUGCUAUUACUGGAUCAGUGUUUAUUCUGGUUACAAUCUACAUUUGCGAUUGCAGUUCGAGGAAACAAUUCCUAUCGACAGUCUGUGAAAACAUCUGGGAUUAAUAAUUGCCACACCUCAUUAAAAAACCAUUUAUCAAGCUCAGUUACUAAGAUAAAUUGAUCAAUAUCUUACAAAGUCACCUCAUCUAGUUGUUUCCCAAUUCCACCCAAGAACAAUGCGAUGGAUGUAAUGGGAGAUAAUUUUUAAGAGAAUGCCAGAUCGAUAAAGUUUCAUUGUCAGAUUGCAUUCUAAAACAAAGUGAUAUCCUAAAUAAGUCAAUCAAGGCAAAUUAUAAAUGCCACAGAUUCGAUCUUAGAGUCUGCCGAUAUGGAGUGGAGGACAUGAACUUACUUGUAAUUCUAGAGAAAAUUAUUACAACUGCUCAAACCAAAGUAUUCCCACUUUAAGUCAGAGAGGAUCUGAAUCGACAGAUACGCAUCAAUCGUCAAGAGUAUUUACGCUUCUACAAUUGGGGACUAAUGUCUCUGGUUCUGCUUAAUAAUCACGAAAUUAAGGAGAUUAAGUUGUUUCAAUUGAUCAAAAGACUCAACAAGUCUUAUUGCAAAUACUUGAUACCAAUUUAACUCUUCACUAAGUCCAGCGAACUCCAUUUUAACACAUAUGCCAAUUUAUUGCGGAUAUAUCUUAUUCAAAUAUACCACAUAUUAAUUGAGCUCUAUUCCAAAUCAUAUAGAAUCAGAAUUUAAGUUAAAGAAAGCGACGAAUACAUAGAAUUACAUAUUUUGAUAAAUUCAAGUAUGUUUCAUACUCUUUAUCAAAACAAUGUGUUUAUUUAAAAUAUCUAGAGAUCCAUUCUCUACGAACCCAUAUCUAAGGAUCUACGAAUACAUCUUAGUAAGCAAUUAUCUUUUAAAUGA